GUGAUUUUCAGUUAUAAAAAUACAAUUUAGCCUUGAAGGGAAAGGGAAGAAAAAUCUCCAUUAGAAAGUAUUUUUGAAAUUAUUCUCAUUACGACAUAAUUUCCGGGAUAUUUAUGUUAUGCAAUAUAUGGUAUGUGUAACCUUGAAAUACAAGUUGCUGGCUCCUACACUUUCCUGCAAAGUUAAUGAAUCACAUUCUUAUUAAAGGCAAAGGUAAAUUUAACACAUGUUAGCAAGUUUAUUGUAAUCUACUUAAUAUGUAACCCUAUAUAAUUUUUAAAAUCUAUUUGAUUAUACUGCCAAUGGGUUGUCUACUGUGCAAGAACUUAAACUUUUUCUUAUUUUAUGCUAAAAAUUGUAUACAGAAAGUUAAUUUAGAGUUACUAACGGAAAUAACGUCAUUCAUAAACUGCAUACAGAACUGUCAUGUCAGCCAAAUAUAACCUUAGUUCUGAAAUUAUUACAUCUUAUAGAUAGAUAAAUAAAAUAGUGUGACCACUUCCUAGACUGGAAAUAAUUUCUACCUAGUCUGUGCAUCUGGAGUAAGCUGCUCUACCUGUAGUAUGGCAAUUAAAAAACUGCAAAUGUCAUUAACCCACCUACCUAGUGAGACAGUAUUGAUUUUUGAAGGUGGGUAGAUCUCAGGUGCACUUUGGCUGUAGUUACAUUAUUUCUGUAUUGAGGUGAAAUGUGCCAUGUGCUUUUUGUGAUCUGGUUGGAUUGAACUAGGAUCUUUGUUCAGCUUGAAACAAUUUGGCAUUAUUUAAAAAAAUAUGAAAUUAUGCCAAAAGUGUACAAACUUGUUGCAUGUAGUAUUUGAAAUCCAAUUUUAAUGUACAUCAUGGCUGAAGUGAAUCAACCAAAUUUAGCUGAAGUUAUUAUAUUUAUCGAGUUACCUGCUGAGCGUCCUCCACAUCCAGUGCUGUAUAUUGACUAUGCUAUAGAAUCAGGUCAUGUCUCACAUUAACGACUUGAUAGGCGUAUUGAGAGGUCUGCGGUUAGUGGUGGAAGCGGGGGUCAAGGCACAGGCUGAAGCAUCUACCCUAAUAUGGAACACCUCUAGCUUAAAGCCAUUGCUGUCCAACUGCCCCACUAACCCAUUAGCCAUGAACCCCAACCCACCAUCCGCUAAAGAGUUAAUGGAGAGGGCGUUUGUAGUCGCACAUGGCUUUAGACAGUUUGCGGCUAUGCAUGUUCCAAAUGUGAAUGCCUCUACAGCAAGCCCUGAGAUGGAUCAACAGACGAAAGACGAAAUUGACGAGCUGAACAGGGAGUUCAACAGGACAUUUGAUACUUUGAAAAAAGUUCAGACAAUGGAAAACUCAGCUGCGGUUUCUGCCAAAACCAAUGAAUUCCGGCAGGAUAAAGUACAGAUAAUGGCACCUAUUGAUGAUUUACAAAAGCAAUUGAAAGAAGACAAAGAAAAGAGGGCUGAUGAUAUUCUUCUGGCUGUUACGUCCGCUGAAUCGGCGGCAGAUGUGCCUAGUCCCAGGCCAAAGAGUCAAGCUGGCCUUGCAUCGCCGACGCCUGUGUCCCAAUCUGUGUCUGCAUCGCCGAAGCCUGUGGCUAAGAAAAAGAUUAGAGUUGCUCUAAGCGAGAAUUCGAAAGCCCGCGUUGUGCCUUCUUCCCGCCUCGGCCGUAUGUUUUCAUUUGGAUCGCUGGCAGCGGGACUUGGGGUAGGGACAGUUGCUCAAUACGCUCGGAACACGUUCCAGCAGGUGACUGGUAACGUUGACGAGUCCGCCAACUCGUUCCUGUCUCCGGCAAACGCGGAGAGGAUCGUCGAUACGCUUUGUAAAGUCAGAGGUGCUGCUCUAAAGCUUGGCCAACUGCUAAGCAUUCAAGAUGACUCGAUGAUAUCUCCAGAGCUGCAGCGUAUUUUCCAACGCGUGCGCCAGUCUGCCGACUUCAUGCCGUCGUGGCAGGUGGAAAAGGUCAUGAGUUCACAACUUGGGCCCGAGUGGAGGUACAGGGUCGCGAGCUUCGAGGACAAGCCAUUUGCUGCUGCCUCUAUUGGGCAAGUCCACCUGGCGGUGCUACACGACGGCAAGGAGGUAGCAGUCAAGGUCCAGUACCCAGGCGUCGCUAAAGGCAUCAACAGCGAUAUCGACAACCUCGUGGGAGUUAUGAAGGUAUGGAACAUGUUUCCCAAAGGGAUGUUCAUAGACAACAUAGUGGAGGUUGCUAAGAAAGAGCUGUCAUGGGAAGUGGACUACAUACGCGAAGCCGAAUGCACCAAGAAGUUCAAGAAACUGCUCGCUCCCUACCCGGAGUACUUCGUGCCUGAUGUUAUUGACGAGUUAUGUGCCCCAGAGGUAAUAACAACUGAACUGAUUGACGGAGUGCCGCUAGACAAACUGUUUGACGCAGCGUACGAAGUUCGCGUUGAUAUAGCCUACAAGAUCAUGCAGUUGUGUCUCCGAGAAAUGUUUGUACUGCGGUGCAUGCAAACUGACCCCAACUGGGCCAAUUUCUUCUACAACCCGACUACUAAACAGGUGAUUCUACUGGACUUCGGAGCCACCCGGGAGUACUCGAAAGAGUUUAUGGACCAGUACAUUGAGAUCAUUCACGCGGCGUCUCUGGGUGACAGGGAUGCUAUACUGCGCAUGUCAAAGGAGAUGAAGUUCCUGACUGGUUAUGAAUCUAAGAUAAUGGAGGAGACGCACGUGGACACGGUGAUGAUCAUGGGCGAGGUGUUCACCGGCGGCGGCGGCGCGUUCGACUUCGGCACGCAGCAGACCACGCGCCGCCUCCACGCGCUCGUGCCCACCAUCCUCGCGCAGCGCCUGUGUCCGCCGCCCGAGGAGAUCUACUCGCUGCACCGCAAGCUGUCCGGCGUCUUCCUGCUCUGCGCCAAGCUCAGGGUCAGGAUGGACUGCACCGCCAUGUUCCAGGAGAUCUACCAGCAGUACAAAACCGACAGCUUCAGAUAGACCUUAGCGUCCGUGGCUCAGGCGUGGUCCCACUUCACCUACACGAUCUUCAACGGCGACUUCAUCACUAACUUCAAGUAAUUCAUUGUACAUGUUUUCUAUAAGUGUGUGCUAACCUCAAAGUGCCUCUGCGAAGCUCAAAUACAUUUUGUGAGUGUCUGCGUUCAGUUGAGUUUAUGAGCCCUUAAACUUUUGAAAGGGACACCCGCAUAAUGUGACAGUCCAGGUUAAGAAAUAUUGGAUAAGUGAUGUGUAGGAACAUUGAAGCUACAAUGUAAAUGCAUUUUAUAAAAUGGAGGAACCCAAAGGCCCAAGGCCGCGUUACAAGGCUAAUUUGGUCGUAAGUUAGAGUACCUGGGUGGGUUUUAGGCUACGUUCAGAUGAGAAGCGCACAACACGCGUUUACAACUACAUACAUUUUAUUAAGGCUGUACACAUUUUGUACUAUACUGUACACACUGUACGCCUGUGCCCAGCAAUGGGACGAUAAAAAGGCUGUAACAGUAUUAUAUUAAUAGUCUAUUUCAUAGCCAUAUUUUUUACAUAAAGAAUUUCGAAUAUCGAUAUUGAAA